GUCAAAAACAGACGUUUACUCAGCAUCUCGACUACAGAAUUACCUCAGUAAACUUGGGAAGAAAAGUCGCAUUUUUACCCGCAUUCACUAAACGCGUCCGUUCUCAGGAUGCGGCUGUUUGGACUCAGCUCUUUAUUUUUAAUUUGACGUGACUGGACUGUGACGUAAAAUAAACCAUUAUUUAACAGAACAACACAAGUGGAAGUGUAUUAUCGUUGGUACUGUACGUCAAUAUCUGUAUAUGUGAUAUCAGAGGCAGGAGAGUAACGUACAGUGGAGUAAUAGGGUAUCUAGAGACGCGUCAUCAUUUCCGGGCUACCGAUCGCCGGUAGAGUGGAUCGGGACGCAGGAGCGCGAGGAGCGGGGAGCGGAGCGGUGUCUGUGUCCAUACCGAGACUGCUGGACGAUAGCAUGGCCGCCGGGAAGGCAGCUAGCAAACCGUCUCUCUGGCAGAACGAACGGGUCCGGUUCGCCGUCUGUUUCUGCGGGGUGUUCGUGUGUUACUUUUACUACGGAAUACUGCAGGAGACAAUCACACGGGCGGACUACACUCAUGCAGGGAAGAAGGAGAAGUUUCGUUACGCCACCACUUUAGUUUUCAUUCAGUGCAUCAUCAAUGCAGCUUUCGCCAGACUCUUAAUUCAGUUUUUUGAGGGCUCGAAGCAGGACCACACGAGGAGCUGGCUGUAUGGCUUGUGUUCUCUGUCUUACCUGGGAGCCAUGGUGUCCAGUAACUCUGCCCUGCAGUAUGUCAACUACCCCACACAGGUGUUGGGGAAAUCCUGUAAACCAAUUCCAGUGAUGAUUCUGGGUGUCACAAUCCUGAGGAAGAAAUACCCCAUGGCCAAGUAUCUGUGUGUGUUUCUAAUCGUCGGUGGUGUCGCCCUCUUCCUCUAUAAACCCAACAAAGGCUCCAGCACAUCAGAUGAACACGUAUUUGGUUUUGGAGAGAUGUUGCUGCUGCUGUCUUUGACUCUGGAUGGACUGACGGGUGUAGUUCAGGACCACAUGAGGGGCCGAUUCCAGACAGGGGCCAAUCACAUGAUGCUGAACGUUAACAUGUGGUCCACGCUGGUCCUAGGAAUAGCUGUGCUGUGGUCGGGUGAGGUGUGGGAGUUUUUGGCUUUUACUGACCGCUAUCCCAGCAUCAUCUAUAAUAUCCUCCUGUUUGGCAUCACUAGUGCUCUUGGACAGACGUUCAUCUUCAUGACUGUGGUGUAUUUUGGGCCGCUCACCUGUUCCAUCGUCACCACCACGCGCAAGUUCUUCACCAUCCUGGGCUCUGUUCUGCUGUUCGGGAACGUUAUCAGUCAUAUGCAGUGGUUUGGGACCAUCCUGGUCUUCCUUGGCCUCGGACUCGAUGCCAAAUUUGGAAAGUCUCCUAAAAAGACGACACACUGAAGACCGUAUGUGUAUGUGUGUGCGCUCACAUGUACGCCUGCGUUUCAACCCCUGAGACACUUGAUCCCAAAACACUUUAGCACACACUAUUCCAUCAGCACUGUUCUUCAGAGAUGACGUUUUAAGCACUCAGAAUAUUGUUAUUAUGCUGACGUUCGGAACAUUUAAUUAUGGGAUAUAUUUGCCCAUCAUUUCUCAAAAGUGGUAUCCAUGGUAACAAAGGGACAGUGCACUUGUGUCUAAUCAUAAUCUGUCAUGUUCAUAGAACAAAAAUCAGAAAGAGAAAGAUUCAUAUGAAGAUCUAGUUCAUAACUGUAAAAGUGCGCACACUUUCUGACUCCACAACAAGGGGCAAACACUAUUUUUUUUAAACUACCCCUGAUUUAUACUUUUGACAGAUUUAUAGAUCAAAAUCCCAGACAUUUAGGAAACAAUCGGUUCGUUUAGCCUUAAAUUAGGCAGUUUAUUUUGGAAAAUGUCUAGUUAUGGUCAUUGCAUUCCCCAGAAAGUGUGUGUGGUGUGUUUACUUUGUGUAUGUAAUGCACAAAUGCCUGUAUAGAUUAAUUAUUUGUCAAAACAUGGCUUUUUCAUACCAGAUGUCAUAUUUAUAUAUCGUUUCAUGUCCUGUAAAGAAAAAAAUGUUUAGAAGUUGACAUUUUUUACUAACGACGACAAAAAAUAUCCAUCUGCAUUAUACUGUAAACUUCUGUCAGAAUAAAAAUGGGAUUUUUUAAAUUAA